AUCUGGUGACAGUACUUUGUGGAAAGUAUGAGCCAGCUGCUGUGACGUAUCACCUGAGUACUUUGAAUCACUUUGUGGCGUUCCACAAACUGGGUACAGACCAAAAAUGGCAUUUCUAUGAUGGCCUACAAGAAUGCCAGCACCCCGGGAGUGGAGACACAAUAAUCACUGAGAAAAAUAUCCCCAAAAAGUUGCGUCCAUCGUCCCAUGUUGGGCACAUAGUUAUGGUCAGGGACAAGGCAGCAGAGGCUGCUGCUGAACGUUCAGAAGAAAAUGAAGCACUUGUCAAGUUCAUUGUGGAACAAAAGGGUGCAGAAGAUACACUGCAGGCCGUCGUGUCUGGAGAGAAGCAGCCCCACUUUGAAUUUACACAAAAGUGGGUUCCAGUAUUGUUUGAUGACCAACAGUUGGACAGGAUAGUUAAGUACCUGACAGGCUUCCUUCAUAACUGUGAAAAAGUCUCAGAUGAAGUCUCCGCCAUGCUGUCCUAUGACAUCCUUGUUGUGAUGUUGCCAGAGAUUCAGUAG